CUGCGGGGUUGAAGCCCCAGGAAAGUUGCUCCGGGUGGCAGCAGCGUCAGGAGGGGGAUGGUGCCGGCUGCCUUCCAGCCGGGGCUGGCUCUGAGCUUCCCCAGCCGGCGGCGGCUGCUGCGCCGGGGCUGCUCCGCCUAAGCCAGCCCCGCUGCGGAGUGCGCGGGGAGGGGAACGGAGCAGCCGGGGAGCCGCGGAGAUCCAGAGCGAUGCUGGAGACUGUCUGGCUGCGAGGCAGCCUCGCCUCCGGAGCUGCUGCAAGCUUGGGCUGCUGAACACCGGGCGAACGCGUCCGUCCCCUGUCGUGGGGGCCGCCGCCGCUGCGAGAUGGGAAGCGAUUGCGCGGGGCUCGGCGCUGGAAAUGUAACGCAGAGGAGCUGCUUCCAUUAACAGAUCGCUGACCUUUUAGCCCAGGUUGGCCUGUGCCCCCCCCCCCCGGCAGCGGUACACCCCGAGCCUUCUGGACCAUCCCUCUGGUGUCCCUAUGGAAGCAGCUGUUUCUGUCUGAAAUUAGGACCAUAUGCAGAAGUUGAGGAGGGGGAUGGCUUGUCCUAUUCAUGAAGCCUGUAUACUUCUGUUACUAAUACUUGGGUUGGUCACCCCAGCUGCCAUCAAUCAUGAAGACUACCCUGCUGAUGAAGGCGACCAGACUUCAAGUAAUGACAAUCUGAUCUUUGAUGACUAUCGAGGGAAAGGCUGUGUGGAUGACAGUGGCUUUGUAUACAAACUGGGAGAACGUUUUUUCCCAGGGCAUUCCAACUGUCCUUGUGUCUGUACUGAGGAUGGACCUGUUUGUGACCAACCAGAAUGCCCUAAAAUCCACCCAAAGUGUACUAAAGUGGAACACAAUGGAUGCUGCCCAGAGUGCAAAGAAGUGAAAAACUUUUGUGAAUAUCAUGGGAAAAAUUACAAAAUCUUGGAGGAAUUUAAGCCCUCUCCAUGUGAAUGGUGUCGCUGUGAGCCCAGCAAUGAAGUUCACUGUGUUGUAGCAGACUGCGCAGUUCCUGAGUGUGUCAACCCAGUCUAUGAACCAGAACAGUGUUGUCCUGUCUGCAAAAAUGGUGAGUCUUUCAUCCCAAACCCUGACGUGCUCACAGAGGAAGAGCAUAGUCUCCCAGACAGGACAUCUCCCAAGUAG